AUGUCUGAAGUGGAAUUUCCUGUCAAGACUAUCAGAUGGUCUCAGUACGAGCAGCUGACACCGAUUUUGCUUCAAGAGGAGAAUGGGCCGUGUCCAUUGCUUGCGUUGGUCAAUACCUUGUUACUCAGAUCUGACAUUGAAGCUCGAACUUGGGACUUAGAGGAUUCAGCACGAGAUUUCAAUGUUGUGAUCGACGACUCUUCUGCCCCAGUUGAUAAUGCUCCAAUAGAGGGAAGUAGUAGUGGAGGAGCUUUCAAGAAAAAGAGACAAGACACAUCCAAGUCACGUUCGCUCUUGAAGAAAAACGUGGGUGAUCGUGUGCUGUUGGCGGAUAUUUUAGGCUGUUUGGGUGAUUUGCUACUUGACUUGACCAAUGUGGAUUCGGAGGUAAUCAAUACAUUAUUGGAGAACCUUCCUCUCUUACAUACGGGAUUAGACGUGAAUCCCAAUUUGUAUACUGGAAGAUUUCCUAGUGAUUUCGCGUCUCAGAUCUUCUCCGUCUUCGAAUUGAAUUUUGUCCAUGCAUGGCGCUGGGAACCUUGUAUAGAGUCGCCUGCUGACCGAGUAUUCCGGGAAUUGCAGACCUUUGAUGGCAUACACGAUUAUUUGCUUGGAAGUGCGUCUGAGGGUGAUGCUGAAGCCAAGCACGAUGUGCGGUCCUGGCUUGAGGACAAUAGUACCCAAUUGACGGCUUAUGGACUUCAGAAAUUAGACAGCGAGGUAAAAGAAGAUCUGGUGGCUGUUUUCUUCCGUAAUAACCACUUUUCCACCUUGUAUAAGGCCAACGAUCAUGGGUUCUAUUUGCUUAUCACAGACACUGUGUUUUUAAAGUCCAACAAGUACGUCUGGCAGUCUCUCAACUCUGCAUCUGGAGGGGACGAUAUCUUUUUUACGGGGGAGUUUCUUCCAAUUCUCGACAACAGCGACUUUCAUGUUGAAGCAGACGAGGAAGAUGAUAUGAAAUUAUUACAACGGCUACAGGAGAAAGAAGACUCAGAGUAUGCUAAAAGGUUACAGAGAAACUACGAUACUAAAAAGACGCCCAAGAAGCAAGGUAAAACAGGUUCAGAGGCAGCAGUUGGACCUGUCUCGCAAGGCGUUUCUCAAGACACCAUCGAGUCGAACGAAAAGACUAAAGGGAAGAAAAGCAAGAGAAGGCCCAACUGUGUAAUUUGCUAA